CACCAAACCCGGCCCGUCCCUUCUCACUAUCACUCACCGCUGUUGAAGCUUCCUGUAAGACCUGUGAACUGUGGUUUCAAGUGGAAAAUGUCACUGGGCACUUAGAAGAAAACAGAAAAGGGGCGAGAAUGACGAGAGAGAGAGAGAGAGAGAGAGGGAGAGCUGAUGUAACAGUCAGUCUGUUCUAGUAGAGAGAAAGAGGUGCAGAGAGGAAAAAUUAGAGAAAGCUAAUCAUCAGGCCAGAGGAGGACYACGUGAGGAUGUCAUUCCUCUUGCCGACCACCUGCUAUCAGGAUACAUAAGUCAUGUCGCUGGCCGCGGAGAUGCUGUGGUCCCUGUGGAUCUCGCUGGUUCUGAUUCCAGCUCAUUUUCACGAAACCUCACCCGGACUCGUCUGCACAAAUGACUUUGUUAACAACGUCAGCUGCAGCUGGACCGGAGCUGGGCUUGGUUCUGCGGAGGACUGCUCAAUUUCUGGAAAGAAGACAUUUUGGACUGAUAGAGAACCGAGCAUAAUAAUUAAAAGCUGCAAACUAAAACAACACGGAAAUUCUUCUCUGGGCUGCAGUUUCGUCUUUGAAAACACGACGUUCUCUGGUUAUGACGUGAUGCCAUGCAUCUAUCUGAAGUGUAACGGGACAAAGGUGGAGGAGAUCACAAACUAUAAACCAGGGGAACACAUUAAAAUGCAUCCUCCAGGAGCUCCCAGGAUCAACAUCACUGACAAUUUCACCAUGAUAUCAUGGAGCCUGGGGGAUCCUGUCUCAAUGUAUUUCACCUCUGGCUUCAACUUCCACCUUCAGACCAAGCAGAGACAACAGCACUGGAGGGACUCCAGAAAUAUUUCCACGACGAAGCAAGAGGUGAGUUCUGAUCCGGGGAAACUAAAGGGCCGCUUGGACGUCAGAGUCCGAGUCAAUCCGCUCAGAAGAUCCGGCAGCCACUGGAGCGACUGGAGCCCGACAACAUCCUGGGAGGAUUUGAAAGAUGAGAAAAGUCAUUCACCCUCGCCAUCAGAUCAGAACACAGUGAGGUGGAGCUUAUUCGCCCUCGGCUUGUUUCUCGUCGUCGUCAUCGUUGUGUUGGCCCACUACAAAACCCGGGGGCUGCUCAAAGGGAAGCCGCUACCGAAUCCCUCGGAGUACUUCCGAACUCUCCACACCAUCCACCAGGGAAAUCUGAAAGAAUGGCUUAAUCCCUUUUCCGGAACCCAGUCGUUCCUCGUCACCCCUUCGUGCGACCAAAUCUCCCAUGUCGUGGUGUGCGAGGACUGGAACGAGGCGGUGUCCUCCCCGUCUCCGACUUCCAUCGCCACAAGCCCCCUUCUUCACUUCCACAGAUACCCCACUUCUUGCUCAAACAACAACAACCUCAUCUACAACUCGUCAUCCCUGUCGAGCUUCUCAAACGUGGGUUACUUCAUGUCCAGCUCCUCCGGCGGCGGCUCAGCUCGGACCGACUCCAACCCGGCUUACUUCGCCUAUCAAGACAAUUUCCAGAACGCUCCCCACAGUCAUGGCCUGCACUUCCCCCUGUGCGACCCCCUUGCUUCGUAUUCCGGAUACGAGAGUCUGAAAAGGGAACCGGAGAGCCCCGACUCUGGUUUUGGCAUCAUGAAGGAAGAUGAAAUGAUAGAGACACGGAGAGCGAUUAGCAGGGAAGGGGAGGAGGUUCUGAAUGACCAUAGUUCCCCUCUUCUCUUCCUUCCUCUCCACCUUCCCUCUCGCCCUCCUUCCUCUCCAUCAGCUCAUCCCUCCACGUUGAUGCAGCCGUCUGAAAGCCAGCAGAUGGAUGUUGCCGAGACAGACACAGGCAGUAGCUCAGCUGCUCAGCCUGUCGCUGGCGCCAUGUGCAGAUCCUCCUCUAUGCCCGUGGAACCCUUCAGAACCGGCUAUCUAACGCUUAAAGAGCUACAAAUGACAUUCAGUAACAAAUCCAUCUAAAAGCUGACCUUAGAAACUUUGACUCAUUGUCAGGUUCAAGAAGUGUUUCUAAGGAGAGAAAACAGGGGGGGAAAAAAGCCCAAUUUGUCACAAAAAUUCAAAGAUAGACGCAAAGUAGUCUAUCUACUUUCUACUACUUGAGGACAGUAAACUGUCCACGCAAUUUUUUAAGUCAUCUGGCUGAAAGUGGUUUGGAGAAGAAGAAGAAAGGAAGAAGUUUGUGUGGUUUAUCUCAGAUCUCGUAAUCACAGAAAGCAUAACUGACAUAAACCUAACUCAAGACGUCCCUGUCUGAUCUCAUGGUGUCAAGAGUCCCUGAGGAAAGCCAGCCCCCGAUACUGCGGCCAUUUUGCAUUUUGCAUCCCCAGUUUUUACAAAUCUCACCAUAUUUUUGUGUACUCGGCUUGCAAAAUUGGAUUAUAGGUUGCGCAUGUCAUUUAUAUGAUCUAACACGUGUGGGUUUUCCCUAACAACCUCAGUCUUUAGCAGAGACUGCAUUGGCUGCUGCAUCUCCCCAUUCUGUCUGCGUCACAUGGCCCGCUCUGCAAAGCAAAUCCCUAUAGGCUCAUGAAGUAACAGAAUGGAUUUUUCUAUGAGCUUUGUCUGCACACGACUAACUAGAACGGUGACAACAAAUCGUAUCAAAACAGAGAGCAAACAUGCUAAUGUUAGCCUAGCACUACAGCUAACUUUUCUGGAUAAAAACAAGGUCAUCAGGAGCAAGAUGUAAGUUUAUGGAAGACUAAUUGUGCAUUGAGUCACAUGCAGCUACAGAAAUAAACAAUAAAAAGAUGCUUGUUCCCAGAUGACAUGUUGUUGGGAAAUGAUGGCAUUCCUCUGUUGGCGCAGCAACUAACUAGGAUAAAAUACGUGCAGCUGUCUAUAAACGCAGAGAUUAGAGACUGCAGCUCCAUUUGUAAGUGUGCCACAAGUUCGUUACUAAUGUAGACCAUCUGCAGCAGACCCAUGGUAUUCCCAGGAGGUUGAGACCACAAUGGUCCAUAAAUGACUCAAAUCUGCAAAUGCUUGAGACCUUCCCCACCUAAAAAUUGCCUAUAACUAACUAUUUAAGUAGUUGAAACACCAAAUAUACUUUAAUAUCCACUGAUACGCGCAGUGGAAGCCAUCUUAGCACUACCGCAGAAACCAACACCCACAAUGUUAAUCGUCUUCAACACAAAGGAGAAUGAAUAAGGCUCCUCCAUUGGGUUCUUUCUAAAUACCAGCCAAUAGUGUAUCAAGAAGCAUUGUCUCUUGGUGUUUCAGCUUCCCAAGCUUUGUUUGCUUUUGAAUAAUUUGAAAUGAUCAAUGAAAUAAUUGCAGUUUGGCAAAUUUUCUGCAAAUAUUUUGGAGUCACAUUCCACAGUGAAAAUCUGCAAAACGGUGAAUCUACAAAUUCUGAACCGCAAGUAGGGGUCCAUUGUAAUACUGAUAAUGCAUUAUUGUAAAGGCUAUAAAUGGCUUUUAUUCUUUUAUCAGACUGGGAAAAAUCCUAAGUACUAUCACAUCAACUUUUUCUGUGGCUGCUUUUUUUUUCUUUCAAAUAUAUAAUAUAGACGAGGUGAUCUGAACUGUUUUUCUCACAUCAUGAGAAAUUUUUAAAGAUGGUGAAACCUAAUAAAUGAGCUGCUAAGAGCUGCAUAGAUGUAAGGGGAAGAAAACGCUGAUAAAUCUGUGCUGGUUUAACUUCACUGCAAAUUUUUACUGUACUAUAUUGUUUGAUCUGCAUUAAUUAGUUAUCUACGUUUAUCCUCAAUAAAGACAAAUACAACA